UGGUGGUGAAAUACUCCCUGCUACUGUUUCAAACAGCAGCAAAUACGAAUACAUGAACGUUUACUUUUAAUAUUAUUACUUUAUUCAUCAGCUACAGAAGCUUUUUUUUUUAAAUCUAUUUUUUGUUCGAAAGUAAUUUCGUUGAAGAUUUCACUGCAACUCCUAACAUGAUGAACAACGCAUCGAAGACGUUUUUUUUUAAAUCUAUCUUUGUAUUACUAUAUAGUGUUAUUUGUAUGGAGGAACUCUCCCGCCCUGAGCUGAGACCCAACGAUGCUCAAUCUGGUGCUGAGGAAAGGCGUGCAGUGAUUGGAGACGAUUUCACGUUUUCUCUACGUUCAAAUAAAUCAAACCUGCAGGUUGAGUUCAGGCCUAAAUCUGAAGAAAGUGUGCACGUGUGGUUUGUCAUCAACACCACCGUGAGAUGUGACUUCAAAGAGUAUGAGCGGAGAGUGUCAGUCCGAGACAAGGUGUUACACCUGAGCAGCGUGACCAAACGAGACGAGGGGUCUUACACUGUCUGGGAGAAACGAUCGAGCAAGGCUGUCCAAAACGUCCGUCUCUCCGUGCAAGGUCGCAAGGAAAACGUCACACUGUCAAACGGAGGAACCAAGGAGAUUCGACUCGACCGAAAAAAUGUAACCGUGUGGUUUAAACCUAAGGGCGCUGUCAACUCCUCCAUUGUCGAUAGCGCAGCAGGGUUUGAACAGCACGUGUCUGUCCAGGAUGGAGUGCUGACGCUGAGGAGCGUGACCAAAGAAGAGGAGGGGACCUACACCGUGCUGGAUCCCGAGCAGCAUGAGGUCAGCACCAUCACUGUAACUGUGGAAGACUCAACUGGAACUGAAAGGAGAAGUCCCUUUGGCCUGAUAGCAUUUGCUGCCCUGGUCUUUAUUCUUGUUGCUUUGUUAAUGUGGAAGGGAUUAAAACUCAGAACGAGCAACAUGUAGAAAUGCUAUAGGCUUUAGCAAAUUAUUGUUGGGAGUAGAUGGUGAGUGUAUGGAUGCUUUGGACGAUAAUGACGUUUUCAAUGAUCAGUUAUUGGCUGUAAAUUAUCAUGUUAAUUUAGGCUGAAUAUUAUGUACAUUUUUUUGUAACAUGUCUUGUUAUUGAAAAAUUGUGCACAAAGCAAAUGACACUCAACCCUAUUUUCACUGUUUUCAUUUAUGUAUGUUUAACUACAUGAUAGUGUCGCAAGUAACGCUGAAUCAGCUAGGCUGGUCAGUAAAAUAUUGACUCCUUUUGCAUGGAGGAUCUCAGUAGCUACAGCUGUUGGUUCAUCAAUUGAAUCAGAUUCAGUUGUAUUGUGUCUGCCAACUGAUGAUGUGAGGCAGAACAGUAAUUGGAUACCAGAAAAUAUGAAUAACAGUGAGUUUUGGCCUCCUUCAGUGUUCUGGAUGGAAGGCGUACCUCGCAAAGUGACUCUGUGCAAACAGAAGGGAAUGUAUAGUAACAAUGUGUACAGAUCCAGAAAGGAGGUCAUUUAGUGAAAUGGGCACAUCUAGGUAAAUUGGAAUGUGUAGAAGGUGUCCCAGCUAAACGUGUCCAAGUAUCUUGUAGGUACGAAGUGAGGAAGAUGGCGUCUCACACCUGUGAUGCUAAACUUUGGAUAAAGGGGCCUGUUGUCGUUUUCGCGGAACCAACCAGAGCUGAACCCGGCACAGAAGUUGAAUCCUGCUGGGAACGCUGGGAUAUGCAGGACAUGGACUAGGCAAUUUCAAAUAUGGAAUGUAUUAUAAAAUGAAGUGUCAAAGAUAUUAGGAAGGAUAAAGAAAGAGUAUCCUUGUACCACCAGUAGGUGGCUCUCUUGCUCCAUGAAAUAGGUCAGUCCUCUCUUGUUUGGAAUUACACAUGUAUUCAAUUAAAUACUUAGUAGUCUGAGAUUCCCUAAGAAAAUAUAUAUAAUGAACGAUUUACCACUAGUAUAUCUUAUCUCCAGAAAGCAUGACGCUUGAUAAAAAGCACCAUUCUGGCUAAAAGUGAACGUUAAUCUACAAAUUUAUGUCCUAAAAACACAAGAUAAGAAGAGACUCUUUAUGACCAAAAGAUUAACUAACAAGCCAGAGGUCUUGAGAAAAAAUCCUGUCUCGGCUGGAUUUUGUAUGAACAAAGAGAAGGGUCAAGCCUAGUUGAAUGCAGUUAUACUGGCCUAUAUUUGGAUUUAAAUCCUAAGAGGGAUUCACCAAAAUAAUAUUAUAGCAAUUGAUAAACAGAGGUAAAUUAAUUGAAAGAUUAUCUUAUAAUGAAACAGGUUCAGUGCUAAUUGACACUGUUUAUAGUUCAUAACAGUUAUUUCAUAAGAUUAAUAAUAUGUUUUAAGUAUUUGCUAUAAUGAGAAAACAUAUUAUUUAAAACUGACAAGUAUUAUUGCUUGUUCACGACUUUGCUGUAGUGAUAAGAAGAUUAAAACCUGGAGCAGUAUUCGAUUUACUUAAAUGGGAAAAUGGUACAAGUUUAUUCUUCUUUCUAUUGAACAAUAAGACUUCUAGACAUUAUGAUAUCCACUGAAUUAUAGAAGUUAAAAGGUGUUGUGUUAUGUUUUUGUGUUAAGUUUGUAAUAAUAUACUAUAAUGUACCGUUUUUUAUAUUAUAUUAUAAACCAAGAUCCUGGGAACCUUGGUUCACUUAACUUUUCAGAUAAAGGAGGGGCUCGGAGGAAAGCAAAGAAAUGAGAUCAUAGAUUUGGAGUUAGACAAGAAAUGAGAUAUUGAAUUUAUUGAGUACAUGACACCUAUUAAUUCUGAAAAGUUAGUCUGGAUCUUUUGAAAACUAUUAUUUGUAAAAUGGAUAAGAACUGUCCCACCUGAUUAAUGAUUGGAUUUAAUUGAGGCGUCCCAUGUAUUCCAAUGAGACGAAAAACCUAUUUAACUCCAGAGUAAUUUCAAUGGAGUACCACACUCAUCCCAGACAGGGCAAGGUGGUCCAUCUUUUGCAAACCGACACAAUUGAGCUGAUUGAAUUCAGUUUCAUUUGCCUGGUGAAGACAGACAUAUCCUUUUACGAUUUAUAUUAAAGGGUGAGCAUUAAGCAAUUAUUAUUAUUUUAUCUCAUAUGUAUUGCAUGUAUUGCUAUAAGGGACUCACGCUAUGUUUUAGAAAUAAGAGAGAGUUUUGUUGAAUGUGCUGAAAUAGACCAUUGGGUACUUUAGAUGACGUGUUCUUGGCCUGCUUGUCGGCCUUGAUUAACACAUAUAUACAUGUAUUAAAGUGUUAACGUUGAUAUCUGUUAAGACACUGGACUGCCCAGUGUGUCUUUCAGCUGGGGAUACGACGUAGCCUGUAGCUACUCUAUCCAAUAUUUAACCGUUAAUAAACCGAACGAGUACUGAUCAUACUCCGAUUCGUAAAAAACUUUAAA